AUGACUUACCUCAAGGACAGCUAUCAGCGGUUCCUGGCGAACCCCAGGAACGCGCCGUUGGCUGCCAAUGCCUCGCUGAUCUAUGUCCCCACUACCACCAACAUCGAGGGCGCCGACGCGAUCGCAACCCAUACGUCACGACAAGCAGCCGUUGUCAGGAAGAAGUCUGAGCAGGUGAUCAAUGCCAUUGAAGGCUCGGACGCGUUGUGCUUGGAUAUGGAGACCACCCUGGAGUUCCUCGAGGGUGGUGGCGCGUAUCUGCCCUCGCUCGAGGAUAAUUUCCUGGUCGACCGCGUCGUCACCUUCCCCACGGUCCACAUCGUCCACUUCAAUGCCGAACAACAAAUCCAACAGGUCCGUAUCUACUGGGAUCAGGGCUCGCUGCUGAAGGAGGUGGAGGUAAUUGGAGCGCGUGGCCGUUCCUGGCCAAUUCGCCCGGCCCAAGAACAGGUUCGUCUGCUGAAGUCAGCGAUCGAAAGGAAAUCCGCUGUGCCAGUCCUCGCCCCGUCCGCCGAAGGCAACAAUGACCUCCCCGUCCGACCUGCCUCGCCAGGCAAGCGACAUAUUAAGGAUCCUUAUGCCGCAGACUCGCUGUUUGAUCUCCUUUCUCCUCAGAAGGGCGCGGACGCAACAGAGCGCGACGAGGCCCUCAGACCUUCAUCUCCUGGCAAGAGACAUACCCGCGACCCUUAUGGGGCAGCCUCCUUGACCGAGCUGUUGUCGCCGAGCAAGGAUGACACCGCUGCUCCCCGCCCAUAUGCGCCUUCAGCGGCCCAGCCUCUGCCCCGUCAGUACGGCGAGCUUUUCGUUGGAGACGAUGACGAGAUGCCCGGCACACCCUCCAAAGCCGAGAAAGUGAUUGCGCCCAAGGGUGGCUCCAAAUUCCAGGGCAACCGCAUCUUUACAGACGACGACGCGGCUACAGACGACCGCGCCCCUUACAAGACCCACCCAUUGAAGUUUAACCACUUCGAGAUUGGCGCCGACAACGCUGAUCUGGAGGUGAAGUACGAGCCCAAGUCCGGCAAGGCGCGCCACCAGUCGCAGUGGGACUUUGGCGAUUACACCACUCCUCGAAAGCCCGCGAAUACCCAGGCUGAGGAGGCUCGUGGAUUCGGAUAUAGCGAUGAUAACGCGGAGACGGAGUCGCCUCCUGCCCGUCCAGCCGUGCACAAGCCCCGUCGCGAUGCGGAUGUGCACUUUGAUAUGACGGACGACAGCGAGGAGGAGGAUGAUCGCCGGGUUAUCAGUUCCUUUGGGAACCGGGGCAAGGGCCUGUACGAGAACCGACUCUUUAACGAGGAUGGUACCCCCAAAGCCACCGAAGAAGACAAGAAGAAGCCGGAAUCCCUUGGCGUGACUGCCAACAACGCCAGCCGCAGCCAGGCUUUCGACCCUCACUGGGAGAUGAUGGAUGUCUCGCCCGUGCCUACUAGCCGCAAUACCCCGAAGCCUAUCGCUAUGGACCGUGCUAAGGCCGUUCAAAUGAUGGAGUCUUCGUGGGAUAACUACGACCAGUCCCCCGAACCAACUCGCACUGCUACGUCUCUGCACAAUCCUAAGCGUCACAAUCAGCCUUCUUGGACUAUGGGUGAUUAUGAGUAA